CCCAUAUCAUCCAUUUUCUUUUGUACUUUUUUCUUUUUUUCUGCUUCUCGUUCUUUUUAUUUUCUGUAUUCUAGUCCAUCUUGUUUCAGAUAUAAUGGGUGCCAGUCAGUCCAAGCGAAAAAACAGCCCUCACCUUCAUCCACCGCCAAGAGAUCUACAUCUGAGCAACAGCAACAGUAGCAGUGAAAGUAGCAACAAUAGUGUCAAAUACCGUCAUCAUUCUGCAGAGCCACCAUCGCCCACCCGCCAACGGUCAGCAUCUUCAUCACACAGUCGACCUACUUACAGUGCAGCGUCCCAACGAGCUGUCAGUUAUGGAUCCAUGCGACCACAACAUCCUUAUCCACAUCAGAGCACCGUAGCGCCAUCAAUACCAACAGCAACAGCACCUCCACCCUUAGCCAGUCAGCGAAGACGCACAAUGCCGGGACUUGUCAGGCGGCCUGAUGAUUACGCAUUACAUACCGAUAGUUUCUACCUUCCUCAAGACUGGGAUGCAGAAGACCGCUUCUUUGCAGCUCACCUCGCUCUGAAGCGGAUAUUUGGCGAGAACGUGGCACCCAGUGUGCAACCCAAACUCAAGCCAGGAGCGCGAGUAGCUGAGAUCGGCUGUGGAAAUGGCCCUUGGAUCAUGGACAUGGCAGCACAAUAUCCAGAAUGUCAAUAUUUUGGUAUUGACACGCCUGCUGAUCUUUCUCCGUCGCCCCAAUUGAUGAUGCUCACCAAUAUUCGGUUCCAUGCGGUGGAGCUAAACAAAGGCACCCUUCCCUUCCCCGCAAAUAGCUUUGAUGUGAUCUAUGGUCGAGCCCUGGGUUUUCGGUUCGGGGUCUCCUGCUGGGCACAAUUGUUACGCGAGAUGCGCCGUAUUCUUAAGCCCGGUGGCGUUAUCUACUUUCACGAAGCCCAUUUCCAACCACAAGGUUCUGUCAUGAUCGACUCAUUUGCUGAAACACUAAAAAAGAUCGCGGAUGGUGUUGACAAGGAUCUAGAUUUGGCACCUAAAAUACCCCAGGUGUUGGAUAACGAAGGCAUCCAGGUUUUAGAUCAUCGAGAAGUAUCGAUUGAUUUGGACCGGAACGAUAAAAUAAGUGAGGAAAUGAUGGCAAUACUUUUACGAGCAUUCGAUCUAGUGGCACCUUACUUUGCACCGCUCAUGGGAUUAGAUGAGGAUGAAUACGAACAACGAGUGGAAAUGUUUUGUGCACAAUGUGUAAAACACCAUACCAGACUCGACUGGCACUCGUAUGUAUGCGUGCCUGCGUCCUUUAUGUUAUCCAACUCAUAAUUGCACAGCCCGUAGUAAUACCCCACAGUUUUUUGUUGUAUUUAAAGCCAAGUUCUUCCUCCUUUCUUGUUAGUUUUCUACAUGCACACACAGACGCACACCUUUCUUCAUUGCACAUCCACUCAUAUAGCACAGCACAGCCUUUCCUUACCUUAUAUAUAUCUUAUAAUAUAAUCACCUGCAUCCCUGUAUUAUUAUUCCUAGUAUCUUUUUUUAACAAACUUCUUAUAAUACUUCUAGUACA